GCUCCCGGCGCUGGGCGGUCAUUGGGCGGCGUGAUCUUGCCGCGGUUCCGCGGCCGUGCAGCCGCCAGCAGAUCGCAUCGAGAGGGCUGGGAGAGUGGCCAUGGCGGGCGCCGAGGACGGCCCGGGCCCGCAGCCGGAGCUCGAUGAGGACGAGGCGGCGUAUUGCCGGCGCUGGGGCGCGCAGCACGCCGGGGCUCGCGAGCUGGCCGCGCUCUACUCGCCAGGCAAGCGCCUCCAGGAGUGGUGUUCCGUGGUGCUGUGCUUCAGCCUCAUCGCCCACAACCUGGUCCACCUCCUGCUGCUGGCCCGCUGGGAGCACACGCCGCUCGUGGUCCUGGGCGUAGUCGCAGGGGCGCUCAUCGCUGACUUCUUGUCCGGCCUGGUGCACUGGGGGGCCGACACGUGGGGCUCCGUGGAGCUGCCCAUCGUGGGGAAGGCAUUCAUCCGCCCGUUCCGGGAGCACCACAUUGACCCCACGGCCAUCACAAGGCACGACUUCAUCGAGACCAAUGGCGACAACUGCCUGGUGACACUGCUGCCACUGCUAAACAUGGCCUACAAGUUCUGCACCCAGAGGACAGAAGCCCUGGAGCAGCUGUACCCCUGGGAGUGCUUUGUCUUCUGCCUGACCAUCUUCGGCACCUUCACCAACCAGAUCCACAAGUGGUCACACACAUACUUUGGGCUGCCACGCUGGGUCACCCUCCUGCAGGACUGGCACAUCAUCCUGCCGCGAAAACACCACCGCAUCCACCACGUCUCACCCCACGAGACCUACUUCUGCAUCACCACAGGCUGGCUCAACUGGCCCCUGGAGAAGAUGGGCUUUUGGCGGCGUCUGGAGGACCUCAUCCAGGGCCUGACGGGCGAGAAGCCUCGGGCAGAUGACAUGAAAUGGGCCCAGAAGAUCAAGUAGCUUCUCCAGCCUGCCACUUGGUUGCCAACCUUCCCUUAGCCCCAGUACAAAGCCAUCUGCCAAACCCCAGCCUGCUCGAGCUGGCCUCUCUGAGUGGAGGGGACACCUCCUGGGCUGGGCCUGGGCACCCCAGCCCACCCCCUGGGACACAGAAUACUUGAGCCACUGGUUUUUCAUUUCCUCUUCUCAUUUUCUUUCCUUGGCCUCCUGAGCUGCUCUGCCUGCCAAGCCUGACUGCACAAGAGGGAGCCUGCCCUGCCGGCCAUCCCUCGGGCAGAGGCAGCCACCCACCUCUGUACACCCUGCCCUGCCCUGCCUUGCCCUGCCCCAGGUAGCCCUUCAGCGUGGCUGGCUUUGAGACCACCACGUCACCUCUAUCUGCCCUUCCUUCUCCCGCCCCAGAGGUCUGGGGAGUCCCUGGGACACACAAGUAUCCCCAGAUCAUUGUCCCACCACAGCCCUGCAAACUGAUCACAGGGGCAGGGGUCUGAGGGCAGCCAGCCAGAAGCAGCUGGAGUCCCGACCCAAGUUCCGACACCCCCUUCUCGCCCGCCUCCAUCUGCCCCCCUAUUCCAGCAGAUCUGACAUUUCCAACAGGGGACCUCUUCACCAGGCAUGGCAUUUGCAAGAGGUCUUGGUCAUUUGGGAAGAGGAAGGACACUGUCCCUUCUGGCCCAGGUGUGUCAGAGGAGGAAGAGCGGGGCUUUUUUAUUUUUUUGUUUUUUUUUUAAAGGUGCUUGCUUGUUUAAUGUAAAUAAUAGAAAGCCUUAAUAUCUUUUCUGUAACAUGGAGUAAUAUUUUAAUGUCAUGUUUUGGAUGUACGUAAUAUAUUUAUAACAAAGCACCAAGAGUCUCCUUAACCUUGGCUGCCUGGUGUUUCCUGCCAGAGGGGAGGUGUGAGGAGCCGGGGUGAGGCCCCCAACCCCAUUCCCAGGUCCUCCAACUGCAGCCUCGGGAUGGUCGCCUUGUCACCUGAGACUGAAUCAGUAGUGAUAUGUGCUUCCGGCACUUUGGGAGAAGACCCCAAUUUUGUGGGACUGGGUCCUCAAGUACAUCGGGACAGAGUAACGAAGGCUGACUCAGGUUGGAGAAUCCCUUGCACAUGGGUUUAUUAGCACCUAAGAUGUGCCAGGCUCUGGCCUGGAUACUGGGGUACCAGGAAGUGCCCGGGUGGAAAUGGCCAACGGGGGAAAGAGACAAUAAAUAUAAUAAAUGCACAUGGAGA